GGCCAGAAGAAAAGAAGCCUGACUGAAGCGCAAAUCCAGGGGGAGGACUAGGUUGACUGGUCGCCUAUCCGAUACCGCCAAUGCUGUGUGUGCGGAUGGAAAGGUGAUACUAAAGAAUUACUGGAAGGACGGGUGCAUCCUGCGCCCUGAGAUCGAGAACGAAGAGCAGCUGUAUCAGCGGAUAAGGGUUGGGAAGCACAUCGAGGCUCAGUAGAGUGCGAUCUUCCAGGGCUGGAGGAAAGGAGUUCUCCAGGGGAGAAUAGUGGGACCUCAGUGAAUUUUUAUUUAUAAAAAGAACGUUCUCUGCUUAAUGCUGACUAAUAUGAAGAAUGGGCGUUAAUGUACCUAAGAAGAAGUUUAUUGUGUGAAGGAACCAUGGCCAGCUUGCAAAGACUAGAUGAUCAGAAGGUCCAGGCGCUUGAUAACCUUGGAACUGAUCUAAAGUGUCUUGAAGAGCAUAAACCUGUGGUGGUUCAGGAGGACGAUGAAGAAGCUCUUUCUCCAGCCAGUUCAAUCGGGUCUUCGGCAUCUGCCUCUGCAAUGUCCAUGUCAGAUGGAUCACCGGUCCCAUCUCCUGGUACUCUCUCGGAUGUCGAUAGUGAGUCCCUGACCAGUGAAUCAAUGUCGGUUGCAUCGUCUGUGUCAGGUGCGUCUUCCGUGGAAAGUGUCUCUUCGAGAAAACGUAAUUUUACCCAACCCAAUGACAACGAGCCUCUCCAAUUCAAAUAUGCCCGCACAAUACCGAACUUGAAGACCACUGUACCUAAAGCGACCCAUCGCUCAGAAUUCGACACCCAGAUCCAGAGUCGCUUUCAAAACGCCGUGGAGAAGGGCGAUCCUGGGGAAAUCAAUCAGAUUCUCCAACUUCAUUCCCAUAGCAUUGAUCUCAACAAGUACAACGAGGAAGGUCGAACACCCUUGCAGCAUUUUGUCAUGUCCGGCCAUUUGGGUUUGGUCAAACUCAUGAUCCAGUUCGGGGCUGAUUCACGUCUACGGACAAAAGAAGGAUGGUCGAACCUUCAUAUUGCCUCAUUUGCAGGUCACACCCAUAUCAUGUCAUACAUUUUGAGGAGUGGCAAACGGUAGCCGGACCUUCAUAAUAACUCCUGAUGAGAUAUCAGAUGUGAUAAUGUUAUCUUCAUCCUUCAGCGCCCUACGUUAAGAUUCAUUCAGCAAUUGAGUUGAUUCUCUUUACUUGACUUAAAACAUGUGUCAGACCUGUGCCAUGUGCCGAUAUUGCAUUUGUAUUCAAAAACUGAUCUUGGAUCCAUGGAGAGAUGUCACCAUCCCAGCUAUGGGUUGGCAGAAAACCAACCCGUAACUCAUGAACCAAUAUCAACACUUGAACGUAAUAUAAAUGUUACAACUUAUCAACUUGUCUCGUUCAAAAUAUACCACUUAUUCUAAGCA